AUGAACAAGCCUAAGGUCGGUAUCAAUGGCUUUGGACGAAUUGGUCGUUUAGUUCUAAGAUCUGCCAUUUGUAAAGGAACUGUCGAUAUCUGUGCUAUCAAUGAUCCUUUUAUCGAUCUUGAUUACAUGAUCUAUAUGUUCAAAUAUGAUUCAACUCACGGACCUUUUAUCGGUGAAGUAACGCAAAAGGAUGGAAAGUUGGUUAUAAAUGGUCAUUCUAUCUCUGUCUAUAAGGAAAUGGAUGCAGAAGCCAUCCCUUGGGAUCAAGAUGGUGUUUACUAUGUUGUUGACUCGACUGGUGUUAAUACUGAAGUUGCCAAGGCUUGUGCACAUUUGAAAAAUAAUCGGGCUAAGAAGGUUAUUAUUUCUGCUCCUUCCAAAGAUGCACCGACCUUUGUAGUUGGUGUAAAUCUUGAUAGAUAUGAUCCUUGUAUGGACAUUGUUUCGAAUGCUUCCUGCACCACAAAUUGUCUUGCACCACUGGCAAAAGUUAUUCAUGAAAAUUUUGGAAUUGUUGAAGGACUUAUGACAACCGUGCAUUCCUACACUGCUACCCAAAAACUUGUAGAUGGACCGAAUCCCAAAGGAUGGAGAGAUGGUCGAGCUGGUGCUACGAAUAUCAUCCCAGCAGCAACCGGCGCUGCCAAAGCUGUAACUAAAGUCAUUCCUGAUCUUCAAGGCAAGCUGACAGGCAUGGCGUUCCGAGUUCCUACAGCUGAUGUAUCCGUAGUUGAUCUUACCUGCAAAUUGGCCAAGCCAGCCACUUAUGAUCAGAUCAAGGAAGCUAUCAAGAAAGCUUCUGUUAGCCCUGCUCUGAAAGGGAUUUUAGCCUACACUGAUGACGAAAUCGUCAGUUCUGACCUGCGUACAAGCACAGCUUCGUCAGUUUUUGACGCAAAGGCUGGAAUAGCACUGAAUGACACAUUUGUCAAACUCAUUUCUUGGUACGACAACGAAUAUGGCUACAGUUGUCGGGUCGUUGAUCUCAUAGUUUAUAUGUACUCGAAGGACAACUAA